CCGGUUCCGGUGCUCAUAAAGUAAACAUUGUUGUAGUGCAGUCGUCAAAUUUAUUGUGAUUAAAAAUCAUUGAAGAACUGGUGGACAUUGUGAAUAGUGAAAAUCACAAUCAAACGUGUUGUAGAUUUGUGGAAGUAUUGAUUCUGGCGUAAUAAACGUGGAAAUAAAACGGAUUAUAACUAAAUAAGAACCAACAGCUACUAGAUUGAGGGUAGAAAUUUGUCAAUAUACCAUUAUUAGAAACGUCAUAGUGUCAUUAUCAAUCACUGUCAAGUCGACUCGACAGCUGUCAGUGACAUUCAUUACAUCGGUGUUGCCAUUACGAAAAUUACCAUUUCACUGCUACGUUCCGUUUUACGCAGAGAAGUUAAAUUAAGCAUGGAAGAUCAAUUCCAAAUCCUGUUUGACAAAAUGAAAAUCGAAAUGCAGAAACAGACGGUUGAACUGAAAGAGUCUAUAACUAAUUCAAUAAUGGAAAAAAUAGAUGAAAAAAUAAAGCCUAUUAUAGCAGAAAACCAAGAUUUAAAGAGAAAAUUAAUAAACCUUGAGAAGGAGAUAGAAUAUUUGAAAAGAGAUAAGAAGCAAAACAACAUUAUUAUUUUUGGACUAAAAGAGGAAGAAGAAUCUACGUCAGAACUUAUACAAGUGGCUAAGAAGAUAUUUAAUAAAGACCUAAAUAUAAUUAUUGGUGAUUUUGAAAUAAACAAAAUUUAUCGCAUCGGAAAGAAAAGCCCCGAUGGAAAGCCGAGACCCGUUCUGCUUUCCUUUGUCAAUUUAUGGAAGAAAAAUGAAGUAAUGAAAGUCCGAAAAAAUUUUAAAGACAUAUAUAUCACAGAGGAUUAUUCUAAAGAAGUUCUAGAGAAGAGAAAAAAUUUACAAGCUAAAUUGAAAGAGGAAAGAAUGAAAGGGAAUUACGCAUAUCUUAAAUAUGACAAGCUUGUAGUAAAAGAAACUAGUACAACCAAUGAAAAAAGAAAGAGAGAAAUAUCUUCAUCACCACGAGAUAAUACACAACCCAAUAAACAACAAGCCUGGAUGACAUCACACAAUAACAGGCGUAACGCCUUUGAUGUCAUGAGAGGACGAUCCAAUUCUCUUUCUUCAUAUACAGCGGAUAAUAGGCAGUAACAACCAGCUAUCGGCAACCGGAAAACACAGCAACAUAAAUAUAUUGAAAACCAAAUAACUAAAAACCGCCAACCUCCCCCAAGCCGACUGGUCCUCGUGGGGGAAAAUGACCACGACCCUCUA